AAAAUAAUGAAUGCAUGUCUUUAUAAUCAAUGUGUCAACUUAUCUUGAAUAUGAAUGUUAUCUUGACAAUUACAUUUCCUUUUUUUGUUGUGUGCAUUCAGUUUCUUAAGUUUAUUAUUGGAGUUAAAGUGUUUGGUACAAUUUCUUGUAAAAUGAAAUUAUAAACCCACCGUUUCCCCUCCUUUCACUCUCUCUUUCUCUUCUCCUUCGAACUAAAAAGUGGGAGAAUGAUGUUUCGAUUAAAAAGGCUGAAAUUUUCUCAACGUUCAGUCGCAAUGUUGAUUAUCACUGGCGGGAUGUUUUUUUUAUUUACGCUUCUCUCAUCACAAUUAUUUAUUGUCAACAAUGCAGAAUUUCUUAGUCCAUGGCACUACGAAUGCAAAGCGGGAUUUUGUCAAAAAUCAUCAUUAACAUCAAAUAUCACUAAUCCAAAAUCAUUAUCAACUUGUCAAUUAAUAUGUGGCGAUGGUAUUGUUUGGCCAAAACCGACAAAACAUUAUUCAAUGGAUUCACGUACAGUUGCGUUGAAUCCAGAGAAAAUAAAAAUUGUUGGUAUUAAAUUAAAUACACCAGUAGGAGAACUUUUAAAUCAAAAUUUUUUUAAUCUCAAGGAAAAUAUUAAUCGUCUUGUAAAAAAAAAAGAAACUGGUCAAACGUUAAUUGUUAAUUUUGAAAUUGAAUCCGAUGAUACUUUUAUGACACUCGACACUGAUGAAUCCUACACUUUACAUUUGUCAGAGAGCCAAGAAAAGAAGAUAUUCGCAAUGAUAACUGCAAAUAACUAUUUUGGAGCGCGUCAUGGUUUGGAAACAUUGUCUCAAUUAAUAGUUUUGGAUGAUUUGCGAGAUGAAAUUCAUAUUUUAUCAUCUGCUCUUAUCAAAGAUAAACCAGCGUUUCCCUAUCGUGGACUAUUAUUGGAUUCAAGUCGAAAUUUCAUGGAUAAAAAUUCAAUUUUACGAACUAUCUCCGGUAUGGGAAUGUCGAAAUUAAAUACACUACAUUGGCAUAUAACGGAUUCGCACAGUUUUCCAAUUGUCAGCAAAACAUGGCCAAAAUUUUCGCAAUACGGAGCCUAUAGUCGUGAGAAAAUUUAUACCGAUAAUGAUGUGAAAGAAAUUAUUGAAUUUGGACUUCUUAAUGGUGUUCGAAUUUUACCGGAAUUUGAUGCUCCCGCUCACGUUGGCGAGGGUUGGCAAUGGGUUGAAGGCGACGCUGUUGUUUGCUUUAAUGCAGAACCGUGGAAUAAUUAUUGUGUUGAACCACCUUGCGGACAAUUGAAUCCAAUCAGUGAAAGAAUGUAUGAGAUUUUAGAAGGAAUCUAUAAAGAUUUUUUGAAAGCUUUUCGUCCCGAUAUAUUUCACAUGGGUGGCGAUGAAAUAAAUAUAAAUUGUUGGAAUUCUUCGGAGUCUAUUGGCAAUUGGAUGGAAUCCCAAGGUUGGACGAGAGAUAAGAAAAAUUUUUUUAAACUUUGGAAACAUUUUCAAGAUCGAGCAUAUAAUUUAGUGACAAAAGUAAAUAAUGGCAAAGAAUUACCCGCUAUUCUUUGGACAAGUGAUUUGACAAAUGAGGAGAAUAUCGAUUAUUUAGAUCCAAAGAAAUAUAUCGUACAAAUUUGGACGGAUAAAUUUGAUUCAACAAUUAAACGAUUAUUGGAUAAAAAUUUACGUAUUAUUUUUUCAAAUUAUGAUGCUCUUUAUUUGGAUUGUGGAUUUAGCUCUUGGGUUGGAGAAGGUAAUAAUUGGUGUUCACCUUACAAAGGUUGGCAACUCGUUUAUGAUAAUUCGCCAUAUAAAAUUCUCGCUAAUCAAUCAGUUACGGCUGAAAAAAGAGAAUUAGUUCUCGGAGCUGAAGCAGCUUUAUGGUCAGAACAAGUGGAUAGUUCAUCGUUGGACAUGAAAUUUUGGCCAAGAGCUGCGGCAUUAGCCGAAAGACUUUGGACAAAUCCAGAAUCAAGUUGGAGAUCUGCCGAGCAAAGACUUUUAAGACAUCGUGAACGUUUAAUUAAAAAAGGAAUCAAUUGUGAUACAUUGCAACCUGAAUGGUGUAUGCAAAAUCAAGGAAAAUGUGUUCUUUAACAAAAAAAAAAGGAUAAAUUAACAAUGAAAUGAACUGUGAUUGAUAAAUAUAGAAUUACACUAAUUGAUAAAUCAAUUACUAUUAAUUUAUUAAGUAAUUUUCAAAUUCUGCUUAAUUUACAACUUAUUUAGCUUCAAAUUUACAGUAUAGUUAAAAACAAUAAUAAUAACAGUAAUUAAAAUAAUAAAAUUUUCAAUAAAUAAGAAGAAUUCUUAUUCAAA